UUUUAAUAACUAUCCGUCAAAUGUGUGAAAAAAAAGACGUUUGAAUAUGAAUUCCUCCAAAUAAUUUCGCCCCACGUAUUACCAUUUUUUCCCCUACACCCGUGAGGGUUAAAGCGUUUCAAAUCAUGAAUCUCUCAGUGAGUCGGGUGGAUUCAGUUCACUCUCUCAUCUCCGUCCUAUACUCACGCUCACUCCUUCCACUAACACGCAUCCAGGCUGCAACGUCACAUCACGGGCGUCGAGCUGCGGUCGGUCUCGAUUGCGAGCGCUUCACACUCCCGACGUUCAGUGUUUCUCGCGCAUUCGAUCGUUGAAGUCGUUCGUUCGCACUUUUUUCGCGAUCCCAUAGCAACGCGUGUACAGUGAGAGUGUGUGGUGCUUGUAGGGACGCUUUUGCAGCUCUUUGUGACAGAGAGUAAGAGCUUGCCAGCACAGUGAAGAACAAGUGUUUGAUUUAUUGAAAUACAGCAAAAUGAACCACACCCGGCAACGAUUAAUACGUGAGCUGACUGUGACGGUGGCGCGGUCGGCCACCCAUCCAAGGCCAGCGCUGCAACUUCAGCGCCAGCAGAUCAUCCGCUGCAGCAGCACAGAGCGACCGAUACGACACGCACACUCGACUGCCUCCUGUCCGCACAUGGUGGCGGCACUGAACGAUGCAGAAGCGGUCGCUCAGUCACAGCCGGCCAGCAGCACCACACGCAACACGAUCCGGCUGGAAGAUGCACGCCCGUACUCGGAAGUUCCCGGACCGAAGCCGCUGCCGAUACUGGGCAACACCUGGCGAGUUUUCCCCAUUAUCGGCCAGUAUAAGAUAUCGGAUGUGGCGAUGAUAUCGUUCCUGCUGCACCGCGACUAUGGCCGCAUCGUACGGCUCGGAGGAUUGAUCGGUCGUCCGGAUCUGCUGUUCGUGUACGACUGUGACGAAAUCGAGAAGGUGUAUCGCAACGAGGGCCCAACACCGUUCCGUCCAUCGAUGCCGAGCCUGGUGAAGUACAAGAGCGAGCUGCGGAAAGACUUCUUCGGCGAUCUUCCCGGUGUGGUUGGAGUCCACGGUGAACCAUGGCGUGAGUUUCGUUCGCGCGUCCAAAAACCGGUCCUUCAGCUGUCAACCGUCCGCCGGUACGUGUCUCCACUCGAGCAGGUCACAGAGGAGUUCAUCGACCGGUGUCAACAGUUGCUAGACGAUCGCAAAGAGCUGCCGGACGAUUUCGACAACGAGAUCCACAAAUGGUCGCUGGAGUGUAUCGGGCUGGUCGCACUCGAUACCCGGCUCGGCUGUCUGGAACCGAACCUGGACCCGAAAUCGGAACCGCAACAGAUCAUCAAUGCGGCCAAGUACGCGCUGCGGAAUGUGGCCACGCUCGAGCUGAAGGCACCGUACUGGCGCUACUUCCCAACGCCCGUCUGGUACAAGUACGUCAACAACAUGGACUACUUCGUCAAAAUCUGCAUGAAGUACAUCAAAAAUGCCACCCAGAGGAUGAAGUUGAACGAGGGACGCGCGCUGGACGGAGAGCCCUCGUUGUUGGAGCGUGUCAUCAAGAGUGAGAACGAUGAGAAGCUUGCCGUUGUAAUGGCACUCGAUUUGAUUCUCGUGGGCAUUGAUACGAUUUCCAUGGCAGUCUGUUCGAUCCUGUACCAGCUCGCGACCCGCCCAGCCGAGCAGCAGAAGAUGUACGAAGAACUCAAGCGACUCAUCCCGGACCCGAAGACUCCGCUCACAAUUCAGCUGCUCGAUCAGGCACACUACCUGAAGGCAUUUAUCAAGGAGGUGCUGCGGGUGUACAGUACCGUCAUCGGCAAUGGUCGCACCCUGCAGGAGGACACCGUCAUCUGUGGCUACCGGAUUCCUAAAGGAGUGCAAUGCGUAUUUCCGAAUCUAGUCCUUGGCACGAUGGAAGAGUACGUGUCCGAUGCGCAGCGCUUCAAGCCGGAACGUUGGCUUAAACCCGCCCAGGGUGGUUCCGGCGAUCAGCUGCAUCCGUUCGCUUCCCUUCCAUACGGUUACGGUGCGCGCAUGUGUCUCGGACGACGGUUUGCCGAUCUGGAGAUGCAGAUAUUGCUGGCCAAGCUGAUCCGCUCGUUCAAGCUCGAGUACCACCACAAACCGUUGAACUACGAGGUGACGUUUAUGUACGCGCCCGAGGGUGCGCUGAAGUUUAAGAUGACACCGCGGGAAGGUUAACCAGAAUGAUGGAAUGAAUGUUUUGUUUUACGCGCUUAAGAAGUACUUUAAUAAACUGUUUGCAUGGAAGAUGCGAAGAA